AUGCACAAGAUCUCCAACUUUACGGGCCAGGCCCGUCAUGGUUGGGAACGAAUGACGCCGACUUUUGGGAUGUCGAGACCUCACACCGACAUGGCCUUUCGACGGCCGCACGGCGCUCCGCCAAUGACUCCCCCGACGAGCAUCGAUCCUACCGUCAACCUAUCCUUCAACGUUCCGUUCUCGUCCACGUUGGCCGGUCCCGAUGUCGAGGAUGUACUCCACGCUAGUCCCAACGCGCUCCAUCGCUGGACUUUUCCGGAGGGUACGCCAGAAGGCACGCAGGUGCACCAGCUCCCUGUGCACACCAACAACGUCGAGGGGUUGGGGAGGCUAUGUCGGCAGAUUACCGAAGGUAGUGGGGGCCGGGUUGAGGCCACACUGACGUCCUCGGAACCCAAGGUUGUCCCGUCGCUCCAACGGCGACCAAACGGCUUGAUGACGAACGUUUGUGUCACGGGUGACGGGGAGACAGUGCGCAAGAUGCGGGCAAAGAUUCUCAACGAAACUCCAAUCAUGCUGCGAUGUGCGACUGUCGACGUGGAUAUGCACCUGAUCAUGGACGGAUCGCCCAAAGGCAUCCGCGCCAGUGUUCUCGAGCACAUGGAUACCUUGGCUGCUUACACGGGUACCGAUAUCUUCCUGCUGACGCCCAAACUCCAUGACGCGGAUAGUGCGGUGGUUUCUUCCUACGGCUACGCAUCCGAUAACGGCCUUGAACAACGCUUCCGAGUCGCCAUUUAUGGCGACAUGGAGAGUUCGGAGCAUGCCAAGACGCGAGUUCUGAUCAUGAUUGAUCAAAUUCUCAAACGUCACGUCGAUGCAAUGAAGCUGGAGCUGACCAUGCACACCUUGGUCUGUGGCCGCACCCGCAAGAACAUCAAGCUCAUCGAAGCUGCUACCGGCACGGCUAUCUACUUCCCGCCGCCAUUCCCUCGAAUUUUUGGUUAUACCCCUCCUGGUGCGAAUCGUCGAAGCGAGGACGAGGUCUACAUUACGGGCGAGACGCCGGACCAGAUUGCACGGGCUAAGCAGAAAUUGCGGGAGCUGGUGAUGGGUGUCAAAAUAUAUGUCAAGGACGUCGUUGUCAACUCGAGCAAGAUUGACAACAUCCUGCUCGACCGUCUGGACAAGGUUCGCAAGGUGAUGGAGAUGAACGGCUCCUACGUCCUAUUCCCACAGCUGGGCAGCCAACGCGGCCUUGUUCGCAUUCAAGGCACUGAGGUUUUGCAUGUGGAGCGAACCGUCAGGGAGAUCAUGGCUCUGGCUGGUCAAUUCUACAGUGCCUCGUGGUGGAUCAUUAUGCCCGACCCGGCUCAAAGCGGCCUUCGCUCUCCGUCGACUUCCGAUGUUCGUUCCAUGCUCUCCGAUAUCUGUACCAACUCCGAAGCCGAGGUCAGCUUUGACAACUUGACUUUCACCAUCAACGGAUCCGACGAUGCAGUCAAGGCUGCCAUGACUGUCAUUCAUCAAAUCCCAUUCGUCACGCGAAGCCAGUACCAAAUGCGGGUCAAGAUUGAGCUGGCCAACGAACACAAGGAAUUCGUCAGCGGCAAGAAGAAUGGCAAGAUUAACAAGAUCAUGGGUCAAAGCAAUGUCCAAAUCAUUUUUGACGGCUUCAACGAGUACAACUUCUACAUUGAUGUCUGUGGGAACCAGUACGACUCGACGAAAAACGGCCUGGAUCUGGUCGAGCAGGAGAUGCCUGCUUCCAUCUCUUUCCAUGUGCCGGACCAGUACCACAAACGGAUUAUCGGUAUCGGAGGCCAGCACAUCCAGCGAAUCAUGAAAAAGUACUCGGUCUUCGUCAAGUUCUCCAAUGCCAUGGACCGUGGUGGCAUGGGCAAAGAAGAUGAUGACAUCAAAGUUGACAAUGUCAUCUGUCGGACACCUGCUCGUAACGCGCAGAGCCUGGAUCUCGUCAAGCAGGAGAUUAUGGAUAUGGUCGAGAAAGUUGACGCCGAAUACGUGUCUGAGAGAGUCGUUAUCAACCGGCUGUACCACCGCGAAUUGUUAGCUCGCAUGACCGAGAUCGAUGAACUCGAAAAGAAAUGGAAUUGCAAGAUCGAAUUUCCUAGCACUGAGCUUGCCAGCGACGUCGUGACCAUCUCCGGACCGGAGUAUCAGGUCCCUCAAGCCGUUGAUGCGUUGCUGGGCAUGGUGCCGGAGAGCCACGAACUUCAUUUCCAAAGCUCCGUGGAGCUUCGGGACCACUUCAAGUCGUCAGACUUCCUUUCCGAUGUUCGGACCAAGCUCAAGGAACAGUAUGAAGUCGAUAUCACGGUGGACACGAGCGCCGAUAUUCCGGCCUCCGAGGAAGGUUCAUCACCUACGCCUCCACCUGAGGACCGUGUGGUCCUCGGCUACACCCGGAACAAUGCUGGCGGCCUCAAGGAUGCCAUCGAUUUCUUGAUCUCUCGUCUGGUCGCGCACGGACUCGACGCGACAACCGUCAAGGGAGCGAUCCCGCGGCCCAAGUCGGAUUCGUUCGAGGAGUCGCUGCCCUUCUUCGACUCGAAACUGUUGCAGCACGCUCCGGCCCCGCUCUUGACGGACUCGCCUACCCGGCCCAACUUUAUCGAUGAGACCAGUGAGCGAGGUUCCAUCUUCGAGCGUCUCCGAAAGCCUGGAAGCAUUUCGUCGUUCUCCUCGUUUAUCGGCCGCAAGAAUCACUCAGCUUCGCCGGGCUCCUUCUUCAAGCACGCAUCGAGCAAUGCCUCUAAGGCGUCGCUUGUUUCCAUGGAGUCGCGGGACAGUGGCUACCGCAACCCUUGGAAUGACUCGGGAGUCAAUCUCCCCGAAGACGACGUCCCCGUCCUGGGGAGCUCGCACAGCCACAAGAGCAGCAGCAGCAACGGCUGGCCUACGCGCUUCGACACCAAGUUUCCCUUUGGCACGGCGCCGGGCGACAUGACCCCCAAGCAUGACCUGCGCACCUCUUUUGACAGUGGUCGCCCUAGCACUUCGAAUUCUACUUCUGGAUACCCGGCCCCAAUUGGGCCACCGCGUUAA